GAUUAUCCGGGCAGUCUCCGAAGCGAAGGCAGGAGUCGACUCGUCAACCUACUCACAACGCCACCGACCAUGGCAACGGUACAAGUAGUUGAAGAAGGCAAUCGACGAAAGGGCGGCAUGAGCUCGGAGGAGACGGAUCAGUGUAUUCUCGACAUCCUGAGCUGGUUCCAACGCAAGAAAGCGGCGCUUCCAAAAGGAGCCAUGGAUCCCCAAGAAGUGGAAGCAAUGGAGAAGGCGUUGGAGACGACCAUCCCAAAGGCACUGGUAUUCCUGUUGGAGAAGCAAAACGGUGGAAUUUGGUUCAACGAGUUCAAGUCCCUGUCGUGCGACGAGAUUAUUGCGACAGCGGAAACAAGUCAAGCUUGGGACGGAUGGACUCGCGGGUUUGUCCCGCUUGCCGCCGACGCUGAUGGGGCGCUCCUGGUGAUCGACACGAAGGAUGGCAAUGCCGUGCAAGAGUUGUCGUCUGAUGGCAUUGGACGCCAAUUGGCGUCGUCGCUCACGGCGUACUUUGAGACGUACCGGAACGAACUCUUGUCGGGCAACUAUGACUUUGUCCAAGACGUCGGCCUCGUCGAGCGCAGCCAUAAGGCGCGCAAGUAGAAGCCAGCCACACUAUGCGCUGGACGUUGUAUUGAGCACACUUAAGACCAAGCACCUUUGUUCAUCAUUGCCCUGGUCUCUUCUUUGUGUGAUAUACUGGCGUCAGGUGCGCCUGCAGUCUGCUCCUAGCUUGGGCACUCGCAACACAUUCGGAUAGUGGCGACAUUUCCAAGCAAAUCACAGCACCACCGCAUUCGGCCAGAUCUUGUGACUCGCACAGCUCUGUCGGCUUGCGAGGUCCCUUCGUAGAAUCGUUUUGUUGAGAGCUACGACAUGUCUCGGCACCCGAAGCGGCGCGCAUCCACGUCGACCAUAUCUCCAUCGCCUUGGAAAAUUCCGUCGGUCGAAUCAAUUCCUUGAGUGCCUCAAGCGGCGCGCAUCCACAUAGAGUUUCUCCAUCGCCGUGGAAAAUCGUUUAGUCGGAUCGAUUUGUUGAUUGCCCGAAGCGGUGCGCAUCCACAUUGAGCAUAUUCAGCGACCCCUCGUCGACCAGUAUUUACGUAGCCAUCGUUG